AUGACCCUUGGAUUCGUGCUCUGCGCUAUUUGGGGAUUCAUCCUGGGAGGAGCACUCCGUCCUAUUCACUCUGUAUUGCCCUUGUUCGUUGUGAUGUAUGGCAUUUUCAAUGCCUUUCAAGAGAUUAGCCCUGGCGUAUUGACCUUCCCCUGCGCAUCAGAGUCUUUUCCAACCCCGCUCCGAGGCCACUUCACCACCGGGACAGAAGUGUUCACCCCGAUCCAGAACUCCUUCGAUUCCAACUUCAAAGGUCAGCAGGCUGUGUUUCUGAUGCGUUCUGGGUUUGCUGUGCUUGGAGGUCUUUGUUCGUGGUUCCUGAUCCAUGACAUGUCCCGUGAGCUAGAGACCGAAAUUGCUCGGUUCAAGGCGUAUCUGGAAGAAAAUGGUUACAAUAUCAGCCACUACGGGGAGGCCUUGUUGGUGGAGCGAAGAACUUGA